UCCGAGGGCUCUCGGUACGGUAGGGCGAGUUUACCGUGCGGAGCCUGGGCCGAGAGGAGGGAAUAUGCCGCUGGAGAACCUGGAGGAUGAGGGUCUGCCCAAGAAUCCGAAUCUGGCGAUCGCUCAGGCUAAGUUUCUCCUCACCCUCGACAGGCACCGAAAUGACCCCAAAGUGCAGAGCGAGCUGAUGGAGGCUGUGAAGGAGAACAAUAUGGCUCCAUACUAUGAACAGCUCUGCAAAGAUGUUGGGUGGCCAGUGGAUGCAGACCUCUUGAGCAAAAUGAAAAAAGCAAAUGAGGAAGAAUUAAAACGUCUGGAUGAUAUACUAGAAGAUGCUGAAAAAAACCUGGGAGAAAGUGAAAUCAGAGAUGCUAUGAUGGCUAAGGCUGAGUAUCUGUGUCGAAUUGGUGACAAAGAGGGUGCUUUGACAGCCUUUCGAAAAACAUAUGACAAGACUGUUGCUCUGGGACAUCGCCUAGAUAUUGUGUUUUACCUGCUGAGAAUUGGCUUGUUUUACAUGGAUAAUGAUCUGAUUACACGUAACAUUGAAAAAGCUAAAAGUUUAAUUGAAGAAGGUGGUGACUGGGAUAGAAGGAAUCGUCUGAAAGUUUAUCAAGGGAUGUAUUGUGUAGCAGUUCGAGACUUCAAGCAGGCUGCAGAGCUAUUCUUGGAUACUGUCUCGACAUUCACUUCUUAUGAACUCAUGGAUUAUAAAACCUUUGUAACUUAUACUGUUUACGUCAGCAUGAUUGCAUUGGAGCGGCCAGACCUUCGAGAAAAGGUCAUCAAAGGUGCAGAGAUCCUUGAAGUUCUGCAUAGCCUUCCAGCAGUCCGACAAUAUCUGUUUUCAUUAUAUGAGUGCCGAUAUGGUGUUUUCUUCCAGUCUCUUGCCACAGUAGAACAAGAAUUAAAAAAGGACUGGCUCUUUGCUGCUCAUUAUCGCUACUAUGUACGUGAAAUGAGAAUCUUAGCAUAUAGUCAGCUCUUGGAAUCAUAUCGUUCAUUAACACUUACCUACAUGGCUGAAGCCUUUGGUGUUGGUGUCGAGUUCAUUGAUCAGGAACUCUCUCGUUUCAUUGCUGCUGGUAGACUACAUUGUAAAAUAGAUAAGGUGAAUGAAAUAGUAGAAACCAACAGGCCUGACAGUAAGAACUGGCAGUACCAGGAAACCAUAAAGAAGGGAGAUCUGCUAUUGAACAGAGUCCAAAAACUGUCACGAGUAAUAAAUAUGUAAUCUGUUUAAUGGAUGAUAACUGUCUACAAUGGCCAUUUAGCUUUUGAAUUGUUCUAGUUAUUUCUCUUAGUAUUUACAAAUCAUGGGUUCAGUUUGUGCCAUUGUUUAACCUUUUAUGUAUGACAGACUUCAAAGUUUACUUGGCUGUGUAAACAAUUUGAGCAACUGUAUAUAAAAUAAACACCCAACACCUGUUUUCAAA